CGUUGACCAGAAGCCCCUCCCACAUUUUUCUCCUAUAGAACCAAAAAAAAAAAAGAAAAAAGAAAAAAGAAAAGAAAGAGACUGGGAAGCAGAGGCUACUCUUUCAGGCAAUUUCACAGCGAUAUCCCGGAGACAGGGUUUUAAUCUGCCUACAUUCUGGUUGAAUCAAGGGAGUUUUACCCAAUUUCAAAUGAAGAGAAAGAAAAGGUUUUAGUUUUCAAUCAAGGCAUAUGCACUUUUUGUAGCUGUAGAUGGACAAUGAAGGCAGUCAUCAACCCAAGCAAGAACGUUCAAGGACUAGGUGGACAGCUUCCCUUGAUAAGACAUUCGCAGACUUGGUUGUUAAGCAGAUUCAAUUGGGAAACAGACCCAACAAUGUCUUCGACAAGAAAACAUGGAACAUUAUUCGUGACGAGUUUAACAGGCAAACAGAUCUCAACUUCAACAACAAUCAAUUGAGGAAGCACUUGGAUGUUCUAAGAACGCGCUUCUACGGUCUCAAGUCAGCUUAUGAUCAAACUAAUGACUUCACUCUGGAUGAUUCUUGUUGUAUCGAGUUUGCUCACCUGUGGGAAGACCUUGGGGUACAGCCUAGGCCUGAAACAAUUAAAGUCAAGGACUGUCCCAUAUAUGAUCAGCUCUGCACAAUAUUCGCAGACUCAACCGCCGAUGGGAAGUAUGCCCAAUCUAGUCACUAUGAGGGGUUGGACAAGUCCGCCGGAAUAGACAAUGCAGGUUUGAGUUCCUAUCCUGACAGUGAAGCCCCUCCUCAUCCUGAAAUCCCACCAUCCUCAAAGCCUGUGCAAGGAAAUGCAUUAUCAGCAGAAAAGGUGGCCAAGGUUAUAGCAGAGAGAAAAAGGAAACGUCCAUCUGAAACACACUCUUCUGAGGAUCAAAGAAGCAGAAGGGAUCAAGAAAUAUGUGAUACCAUGGCACAAGCCAUGCGAGAGAUGAUUGCUGCCUCAAAGUUGAGGAGGGCCACAGCAAUGCCUAGUGACAAAUUUUCGAUAACAAAUUGUAUUAGAGCACUGGAUGAGAUUGAAGGCAUUGGCGAACAGCUCUACUUUCGGGCACUGGACCUGUUUGAGGACCCUAAUUUAAGGGAGACCUUCCUCUCUUUAAAAGGCAAUCAAAUACGGUUGACUUGGUUGCAAGCCAAGUGCAGUAAAACUACCUAUGGUUAGAGGUUAGGAGAUGAACUUUUUGGCUAAAGGAUAGAGGUUAGAGGUUAGAGGUUAGGGGUUAGGGUGUGAACUCAUUGCCCAUGUUCAUAAUAUGACUUUUCCUUUUAGUGAAAACUUAUAAAAAGGGCACCUCGUCUUCAAUGACAUAGCUAGGUUUUUAUUAUGAUUUCAGGAUUGUUGGAAAUUUGUUCAUCCCUUGGAAUUGCAAGCAGCAGAAUUGGGCAUAUAUUUAACAA